AUGCGUCGAACUAUUUCCAAUAGAAAUUUGUUUUCGCUGUCCGCUGCCACAAACAGCGGUAGCAUGAGCUCAUCAUCUGCCGCAGCUAGUGGCAGCAUGAGCUCAUCUGCUGUCACAACGGCGGGCAUCAUGAGCUCAUCAUCUGCCACCGCGGCUGGUGGGACCACCAGUCGCGAAACACAACCUCCUAGUGAGACCAACAACAACGUCGUGAAUGGUCAUACGAGUGCGGUGAAGUUAAUAAAGGAAAAUGCUGUAGUAGUUGUAGCCACGCGUGGGUGCUAUAUGUGCCUUGUGGUGAAGAAUUUGUUGCAAGAUUUGGGUGUUAAUACCACCGUUUUUGAGGUUGAUGAGGCAGAUAAAGCUGCCGUGUUGGAGGAGCUGUCCGAGAUUAAGGGCGGCGAAGACAGCAACAAUGACGAUCCGGCAGAGUUGCCGGCAGUGUUUGUAGGAGGAAAGUUGUUAGGAGGGGUAGCCAAAGUGAUGAAUACUCAUAUCUCGGGUGGAUUACUUCCCAUGCUUAGGGAAGCUGGAGCCUUAUGGCUUUGAUUUAAUUACUCAUUCUAAUGAGUUUUCGGUUAGAAAAGAAAUUGCAUGAAUUAAUGUUGUUUGGAAUUUCAUAAGGUAUAGAAAAAACAUGCUAUUUUGAAUAUAAUCAGAAUGGUUGCUAGCUAUCUAGCUAGAUCUUUGACAA